AUGACAGUGCCCGCCACAUCUCAGAUCACCUAUUCCAAAGCUAUUUCAAGUACGUCUAUAGAGUUUGAGUGGUCCAACGUGACGGGGGCGGACAGCUACACCCUGUUUGUGGAGGAGUUGUUUGUUGUUCCCACAACCAAACACAACCAGACCUUCACAACCCUGAAAGGACGAAUGGACGGCUUGUUACCUUCUACAACCUACAACUGUUACAUUUACUCCUCCAACAUUGCUGGAAGUGGUGCCCAAAGCAGUAUCAGGUCAAUCAUGACGUUGGUGCAGCCACCAACUGGUGUUGCUCUCGUAUCAACGGGAGAGAGCUCGGCUCACCUGACGUGGGCCUCUGUGAGUAAAGUCCUGCUUUAUCAUGUGACCGUGAGUGACAUCGACAACCCCAGCAACACGCCAGUCAUCAAAGAAACUUCAGGCACAUCCAUGGACAUUACUAACCUGGAGCCCUGCUCCACCUAUACAGUGGGAGUAUCGUCAGUUAACGUCUUCCUGGAGCCUGGGGAGCCCAGAAAUGUUAACCACACCACAUCUUCCAUUAACCCAGUGACGACAAUCUCCGUGGACUACAACUGCUCCAGUGGCAUGGUGACAGUGACUUGGGAUUUGGUGUUUGGGGCCAACCUGUACAGGGCCGCAGCUGUUGACAGCAGCGACCAGUCCCUAAACUGUACAUCAGGCUCCACCAGCUGUCAGAUCACACAACUCAACUGUGGCGAGAAGUACCAGGUCCAUGUCACAACCAUCUCUGACGACUGCAGCAACACCUCAGAGGCCUCUGCCAUGUUCGAGACAGUCCCCUGUGCCCCAAUCGAUCUCCAAACUCAGCACCAAUGCUCCAGCAACGUGAUCCUCUUUUCCUGGGCGCCCACCAACAAAACCUACUACUACGUGGCCACAGCGGUGGACGACACUGGCAAAGAGACUGUGUGCAGGACAGUGGACACUGUGUGUUACUUCUCUAAUGUCAACUGUGGACAGUUCUACAGGUACACUGUGUAUGCUGUCAGCGCCGGUUGCAACAGUGAAGUCAGCCAGCCCAAGUCUGUCCAAACCUCAGACCAGUGUCACCCUGAUGUGCUGAUCACGACCUGGGACUCUGCUGCUGGAGCUCUGUCCUACACUGUGGAGGCACAGGGCAACACUGAAGAGAGCUACAACUGCACCUCGUCCUCCAACAGCUGUGCGGUGACCGGCGUGCCAUGCGGCGAACACCUCAGCGUGUGGAUCACCGCCUCAAAUGACAACUGCAACACUACCAAGGUGCUGGGAGGACCGGCUCAGACUGUUCCCUGCAGCCCGAUCAAUAUCUCGGUAUCAGUCGACUGCAGCCAAGACUCUGCAAGACUUAACUGGACGACGAGAAACGGUGCCAUAUUCUACAUUGCCGUUGCUCAAGAUACAAGUGGAAAUAAACAAAGCUGCAAUUCAAUGGGAACCAACUGCUUGAUCGAAGGCCUGACAUGUGGACAGAAUUACACAGCCAGCGUCAUUGGCACAAAUCUCAAGUGCAACAGCACAACCAGUGAGGAGGUCGCCUUUAUGACAGCACCGUGUCCUCCAACCAACAUCGAGGCAUUCAGGGACUGUGAAGCCAACCAUGCUCUGAUAGUGUGGCAGAACCAUCGGUCCACAGGCCUCUACACAGCGACUAUAGUGGAUCCAAGUGGAGCUCAACUCACCUGCACCAGCAACACAGUCAACAACUGUAAAAUCACCUCUCUGCCCUGUGGGAUGAUGUACAAUGUAUCUGUGGCCUAUAAUGAUGGAAACUGUCCAUCCACCUCCACAACUAUCAGGAUGGACUCAGUGCCCUGUGGCCCUGAGGACGUAAGGGCAAGUGUUGCCUGCAUUACUGGAGAGCUGACAGUCAUCUGGAACAUAUCUGCCCCUGCAGAGAACUACACUACCAUCAUCUCCAGAGGAAUGGGUCAUUAUCUGCACUGUAACUCUACAAACACACAGUGCACCACGGGAGGGUUGCUGUGUGGAAGCUCCUAUAGAGUGAUGGUCUUCUCUGUCACUGGGUCGUGCUUCAGUCUCCCGAGCACAGAGGCCCUGGUGCAAACAUUGCCAUGUCCUCCCACCAACGUCACAGCCAUGCCUACGUGUGCUCCCAAUCCUGUCCCUGUGUCAUGGGUGGCCAGUGACAGUGCCAACCACUACACUGCUGUUGCUCUGAGCAGUGGGGGUCACAGGUCAGAGUGCUCGACCAAUAGCACUUCCUGCAGCCUUCCUGCGCUCCAGUGUGGGGAGAAUUACACUAUUGGCGUUUCGGGGGCUGAUGACAACUGUACAGGUCAACAGAGCAACACUGUCUCUGUAAUCACAGAGCCAUGUCCUCCCUCUAAUGUGUCCAGCCAGCUGGUCUGUAGUGCUGGCCUGGCGCGAUUGUCCUGGGCCCCCAGUACGAAUGCAGUGAGCUACAAUGUGAAAGCUUACAGCGAUGAACAGAACCUCACCUGCACCAGCUCCAGCCCCAACUGUACGCUGAGCAACCUGGUCUGUGGUCAAGAGUAUGACAUUCACGUGACAGCGACUGACGGCACCUGCGUCAGCAACUACAGCGCUCCCUUCACACAAGACCCAGGGAAGUGA